AUGCGUAUCUCGUGACCACAAAUCGACGUGAACGAACAGAACAUCACAUAGAGCAGCUGAAAUGGACAGAAUUCUAAUCACCGCUUCCAGCAUCUCGUUACUCUGGCCUUAAUCAUCUCUGCGAAUGGAGAGACAAGAAUUCUCGCCGAAUUUUCCUAGUUCUGUGUCAUCACAAGACAUUCACGAUGCUUUGGACGCGUUUGGAGGGCCGUUUCGAAACCAAGACACGAUCAGCUCCAAAAAAGCCUCGAACAGGGACAGUGGAGUCUCAGAGUCUUCAUUUGUCAGUGACCAUUUGACAUUUACAAGUGAUUCACUUUUGAAUGAAAUCGGUCAUGCAAACCAGAUGCCGAUCUCCCACAACAAGACAUCGGAUGACCCUCUUGGUGCAAGCCAUAUCCUAUCAGCCUCGGCACCAGCUUUGAGCUUUGGACUGGGAGCUGAUGCCACAGACAACAAAGGGCCUAAUAGCAGGGUUGUUAAUGCUACCAGUCCAUGGGAUGAAGCUCAAAAUUUACUAGAGGAGUGGAAUAAGCUCUUUUCAUCAUCACAUUAUUUAUCAGAUUUAAAGGCCCAUGCUCUGAAUGGAAAACUAAGAUUAUCGAAGUUUAGAAGUGUUGCUUGGAAGUUAUUUUUAGAGUGUCUACCAGAAAAGCAGGAAAGCUGGCUUUCAACAAGUAAACAGCAUAGAGAGGAGUACAUAUCAUUUAAGUCAAAGUGCAUAAUUGAUCCCAAUAAAAUCAAAGAAACAAGCAACAUGGAAACAUUUCAUCCCUUAUCCCAGGAAGAAGAUAGCCCUUGGAAAAAGUUUUUCAAGGACAAUGAACUUAAGGCCAUCAUUUUAAGAGAUUUGGAAAGACUUUAUCCUGAAAAUCCAUACUUUCAUACAGAGAGAGUAAGGGACAUGAUGUUAAACAUUCUUUUCUGUCAUGCGAAGAAAAACGAAACUUUAGGAUACAAACAGGGAAUGCAUGAGUUGCUAGCCCCCCUCAUACAUGUGCUGGAUACCGACUCACGAAUGUACAGAUAUUUGGAUGGAAACCAGAUGGAGAUGACAAAAGCUAUUUUGGAUCCUCUCUACAUUGAGCAUGAUGCUUUUAUGUUGUUCUCCCAAGUAAUGGAUGCGACAGAAACUUGGUAUCACCACUAUCAGCCGCAUCCAGAGGCCAAGCAACAACAGUUAAUAGAUGUGCAUGCUGCACCGUUCAAAGACCCAACCACAACACCCGUAAGUUUCAUUUUUGUUAAUCAUUUCAUACGUCUCACUCUCUUGAACAGACAUUUGUUUUACCAUCCAUAUCUUCUAUUGCUUAUCAAGUUAGGAAAAAGUUUUUUUUAUACUUGUUUUGCAAGACAAGUUGCUGCCAAAAGUGUGUUGUCUUUAGAUAUGCUAUUUAUUUCUCACUAUGGUGACAUUUUUAUUCAGCCAACAGCUAUUGUCAAGAAACUCAACAAGAUUCAAGAUCAUUUGUUGAGAAAACAUGACACAGAUCUGUGGUUACAUCUUAAAGAUCUUGAUAUUGCACCUCAACUAUAUGGACUCCGCUGGAUUCGACUGCUGUUCAGCAGAGAGUUUCCGUUCCCUGAUUUCCUUGUGCUCUGGGACGCAUUGUUUGCAGAGGGUACCCACCUAGAUCUGGUGGACUAUAUCUAUAUUGGAAUGCUGCAUAGCAUAAGAAACAAAUUGAUGGCAGGUAAUUAUAAUUCUUGCUUAGGACAUUUGAUGAAAUUCCCGCGCACCUAUGAAGACAUCCACUCCUAUGUAAAGAGAGCUGUUGCCAUGCGGGAGCCAAAGACCAAGAAAUCUCGCCCCCACAGCCGGGUACCUACCCGCCCCGCCCCUCCGCCCCCAUCAUCAUCAUCAACAUCAACAGCACCUGGUGUCCUUGCAACCGACAAGACACUUGCAGCUGUUGAUCACAUGCCAGAUUCAGCCAACAGACCAGGGCACAUGAUUCGGAAGGGCAUUAGCGCCAUAAGAAGGCCUCAGUCUGCUCUUGCAUCCAUAAACAAGCGACAUGUGCCAUUUAGUGAACCAAAAACCCUGGCUCUUUCUCACAGAUCAAGCAAUGAGGCAUCAGUGAGCCCGCCAUAUGAGGAACUGGUACAGCAAUGCCCUGAUGCACGUACACUGUCGCCCCCAGGCCGUGAACCAAGGGAACGCUCUGACUCAGUAGGUCCAAGUACUGGUCGAGCUAUGAAGUCGCUUAGCAACGAGUUGAAGACGAAGCUUAUAAGACCCAGGACCCGUUCCAGGACUAACAUAGAGGAGCUAGAAAAGGACCACCAGCGUCUUCAAGAGCAAGUCUCAAACCUGAACUCCAAAGUCGAAUCGAUGGAAGGGAUGUUUUUGUACUGCGGACGCAAAAUGGACUCUUAUAUAGGUCUGAUGCAAGAUGAAAUUAUGAAAGAUGAUCGCGCUGAUCGAGAUGUGGUGUUUCUAACUCUUGCCGGAUUAAAACAGGUUCGAGACCUUCUCAAGGGAUCCCUUGCGUUUCGUGGUUCUUCAAUAGAGACGGAAUGUGAUUUUGUUGACAUCGAUAAAGGGAUAGCAUCGAGGCUGCAGACAGAUGAGUCCAACUUGCAAGCCCAACAACCUCUCUCUGACGCCCCUGUUCCAAAUGAUGCUGACUAUCAUCACUAUGAAAACGACGAGAUGCAUAGCUCAAGCAAGCCUGAGACAAUUAUGUUUUCUUCACAAAUUCACGAGGAUUCUGCUACGUUAAACCCCAUAUACAAAGGAGACAUGCAAGAACCCUUAGAAACACAAUAUCCAACACAUAUCGAGCAAGAUGUGGACUCUGUAACUCCGAAUUCAUUUAACGGGAAUAAAGAGCAACAACCAUUGGAAGCUUACUUUGACAAGCUUACUGAACACGAACGGGGGUCUAUCCCAGUUGUGGCAUGCGCUGUCGGGCCAAUUCAAAAAAGUCUGGACUCGCGAAAACAACUGACACCAUCAGACUUGAUCGAUCCGGAUGACCUGAAUAGCGAAUUUCCCGAUUCUGCUGGUGUCAGCGUCAGUAUAAACAAUAUCAGGUUUUUAUUGGAGAAUCAGAAUCCCUCAGCGCUGUCCGGAGGAGGUCAGUUAGAUGGCUUUGUGUUUGUAGAUAGAGAUGGGAAGGCGCAAGAAGCAUUGACAAUAUUGCCAACUCACCCGCUAGAGUUUUCCGAAAGUGAUACCGACGAUGAGUAGACAUUUAGGUAAAUCAUAUUAUCUUGGUUUUAGCAAUCUCUUAUAAAGACAUGCACGUUCUGCAGUGUAAAUAAAACAGUCUAUUCUGAACACAUACCGUUAAUCCAGAAAUCUGGCCGCUAAGGGUCCGACUAAGUUUGAUCCGCAAAAAUAACAAUUUCUUCUUACGAUAUAAAAAGCCCAAAUAUUGAGAACUGAUUAAGUAAUUCCCACCGGUUGUGCGACAACCCCUGUUAAAAUGAAUAGGUUUAGGGACCUGCUGGAAGCAUGGCUCCAACACAGGAACUGCUAGGGAACGGCUAGAUUUCUGAAUUUCGCGAGGGGAGAGAAGGGAUGGAGAACGUGCUUCUUUUUUCUGCAACAAUGGAGUUGGCAAACCUUGAAGAGGGCACACGCAACAUGAAUGAAAUAAAGAAUCAUUUAUUAAGCUA